AUGGGUCUUACAUUCUCUAAGUUGUUCGACAAGCUCUGGGGAAAGAAGGAGAUGAGAAUUCUUAUGGUCGGUCUCGAUGCUGCCGGAAAGACCACCAUUCUAUACAAGCUUAAGUUGGGUGAAAUUGUCACAACUAUCCCUACCAUCGGUUUCAACGUUGAGACGGUCGAGUACAAGAACAUCCAAUUCACUGUGUGGGAUGUGGGUGGUCAAGACAAGAUUCGACCCCUUUGGCGACAUUAUUUCCAGAACACCCAGGGUAUUAUCUUCGUCGUCGACAGCAAUGACAGAGACCGUAUCGUUGAGGCUCGAGAGGAAUUGCAGCGCAUGCUGAACGAAGAUGAGCUCCGAGAUGCCAUCCUACUAGUAUUCGCCAACAAACAGGAUCUACCUAACGCCAUGAAUGCCGCCGAGAUUACCGACAAGCUCGGCCUCCACAGCUUGAGGCAGCGUGCUUGGUAUAUUCAAUCAACCUGCGCUACGUCAGGAGAUGGUCUGUACGAGGGUCUCGAGUGGCUUGCCACCACUCUCCGAAAGGCGGGUCACCAGUAG